UGCGUGAUGACAUCAUCMCCGACUGGGCGUUGCAGGAAGUGGCAAACAAAGUUGAUUUCUGAAAAGGUUAGCUGGAAUUUUUCAUUCAACAGCUGCAUUGUUGCUGACUGAUUCUUCCUGUGUUCCUGCACACGUGUGACGAUCAGCGUGACCUACCAUGUCUCGUGUCCGCCAGCCCCCCCUGGUCACGGGCAUCUCGCCCAAUGAGGGCACCUCAUGGACCAAGGUCACCAUCCGAGGAGAGAACCUGGGCACGGGUCCCGCUGACCUCGUUGGUCUGUCCAUAUGUGGUCACAACUGCUUGCUGACGGCUGAGUGGAUGUCGGCCAGUAAGAUAGUGUGUCGUGUGGGCCCAGCCAAAGACGAUAAGGGAGAGAUCAUCGUCACCACCAAGUCAGGAGGCCACGGCACCUCCACCGUCUCCUUCAAACUGCUCAAGGCUGAGAAGAUCGGUAUCCUGGACCAGUCUGCUGUGUGGGUGGAUGAGAUGAACUAUUACGACAUGAGAACCGACCGCUACAAAGGCAUCUCCCCCCUCUCCCUACGACCCAGCAAUCCGCUAGGCAUCGACUUUGACAAGGGUAAGGUCCCUCUGAAAGAUCUGGAGGCAUUGUUUCCAGGUGUGAGUGGAGAGUUCACCAGCGAGAACUUCUCAGCUACUUGGUACCUUAUCGAGAACCACUCGGUCACCAGUUUCGACCAGUUGCGUAUGGCAGCCAGUAACCUGAAGAAGCAGGCCACGAAGAAGAAUGAGGGCAGUCUGGCCUAUGUGAAGGGAGGCCUCAGCACCUUCUUCGAGGCUCAGGAUGCUCUCGCAGCUAUACACCAGAGGUUGGAGUCAGACGGGACAGAGAGGGUGGAGGGCUCCAUGACACAACGCCUGGAGAAUGUCCUCAACAGAGCCAGUGAUACAGCAGACACUCUGUUCCAGGAGGUGUUGGGGCGGAAGGAUAAAGCUGACUCAACGCGGAACGCACUCAACGUCCUGCAGCGCUUCAAGUUCCUCUUCAACCUACCGCUCAACAUCGAACGCAACAUACAGAAGGGAGAUUAUGACGUGGUGAUCAAUGACUAUGAGAAAGCCAAGUCUCUGUUCAGCAACACGGAGGUCUCGGUCUUUAAAAAAGUGUAUGCCGAGGUGGAGACGAGGAUCGGGGCUCUUAGGAGUCUGCUCCUGGACAAGCUACUGGAGACACCUUCAACCCUGCAUGACCAGAAGAGAUACAUACGGUACCUGUCUGACCUGCAUGCAUCAGGGGACCCUGCCUGGCAGUGUAUCUCCGCCCAGCACAAGUGGAUCCUCGGACUCAUGCAGAACUGCAAGGAGGAGUUUAUCAAUUGCCAGAGAGUGAGCUUGGGGGCCAUAGCCCUGGAUCUAGAGGGGGACCCUCGCCCAUCGGCUUUCAGUAGGAUCAGGGACACAGCUCCUCUGAAUAAGGGGGGCAUCUUGCAUACCCCUCGCCACAGCACCUGGCAUUAUGAGACACCCCAGCAGGUGCAGUUUGUGGAGAAGCUUUCGGACGUGGUGAUUGGCCAGUUGCCCAACUUCUGGAAGCUCUGGAUCUCCUACGUCAACGGCAGCCUCUUCAGCGAGACUGGAGAGAAAUCUGGCCAGGUUGAAAAGUCAAAGAAGAAUGCCAGGCAGAGACAGAACGACUUUAAGAAAAUGAUAGAGGAGGUGACUCAUCGCUUGGUGAAGCUGGUGAGAGGUGCUCUGCUCCCCUCCACCCUGACAGAGCUGGAGCUGAGAUUGUACGGUGGCUGGGAGAAUAAGACUGAGCUCACUGGACCCUGGCUCACUCAGGUCAUACACACCGUCAGAAUAAUUUUUGAGGCUCUGGUAGCUCUCGAGAUCCCCAAUGAUCUACUGCAGGUGAUCCAGGAUCUAUUGUUGGAGCUGAGACACCACUGUCUACUGGUCACCCUGCACCACACCGCAGAGGAUGUCAAAAGGGUUGCAGAGAAAGAGGACUGGGUCGUAGACAAUGAAGGAAUCACCAGCCUGCCGGCCCAGUUUGAGCAGUGCAUGGUGCAGAUGCUGCAGUCACUCAAAGAACCCAUGGAGACCAAACCUGGGGAGGUCAAUAUCCUCCAGUUGGAUCAGGACCAGGCCUCAGAGCUCUGUGUGGACAUCAUAAAGGUGUUCAUCAACUGCCUGGAGCAGCUGAGCACUAAAACAGACAGAGACAUCGACACCUCACAUAUGUCCGUGGACCUGGCCUCUCCAAACUUGUUCAGUGGCAUUCAGGAGGACUUCUGUCCAACACUGGAGCAGCGUCUGCUGAUCAUCCUCAGUAACUGUCAGUACCUGGAGAAACACACCUUCCUUAAUCUGGCUGAACACUUUGAGAAACACGGAUUCACCGGGACUGAGAAGAUCACACGGGUGACUGUACAUGCGGUGAAGGAGCUGGAUGAGAGUUUGUUUGAUGCCUACAUCGAGAGGAAGUCUGAUCCCAUCGUAGGGUCCCUGGAACCAGGCAUCUAUGCUGGACACUUCGACUGGAGGGACUGCAGUACACCCACAGGUGUGAGGAACUAUCUGAAAGAAGCCUUGGUGAACAUCAUCACUGUCCAUGCAGAGGUCUUUACAGUGUCUAAGGACCUAGUUCCCAGGGUUUUGACUAGAAUCAUUGAGGGUGUGGCGGAAGAGAUAAGUCGCCUGAUGCAGUGUGUCUCCUCCUUCAGCAAGAACGGAGCCAUACAGGCCCGUUUGGAGAUAGAUUCUCUGAGAGAUGCUGUAGCCUCCUACCUGUCAUCUGAGAGCCACGCCAGCUUCAAGCAGGCUCUGGAGGUCCUUCCCCAGCUACACAAUGGAGCAGACAAAAAGUUACUGGAGGAGCUGCUGAAUACGUUUAAGAGCAGUAUGCAGCUCCAGCUCACCUGUUUCCAGCCCUCUAAUGUCCAGCCUGUCAAGAGAUGAGUCUGUACAACGUCUCUUCGACAUUACUAUAAUGGCACUAUAGUAUCUCUAUCAAAUAUGUGCAAUGCCUAUUUACUUGCACUGAUAAACUCUCGUAGCUUUUUUUGUUAAAUUGUUAUAAGAUCUAGAAUGGAAACUUGCACACUAGUCUUUUUCACGCUAAUCUCAUUUUUAGUCUUAGAUAUGUACACUCAUUUUCUGAGUUAAUCUCACAGUUAAUCUGGGCAGCCCCUCUAGUGUGGAAUCAUGCUAAUUAUGCUAUUGUUAGAUGGCAACUCAUCUAGAAAUCAGCAUCCAGUCCCUUGUAGGCAAGCUAGGUCAUGCUAGCCUGGUGUUCGAGACACGACUGUCUCUCUUCUACUGAGAAAUGAGUCAACAUAUGUGGUCCCUGAUUUCUGUAUGUUCAUAAAGAAACUGCACAUGGCCAUUAUAAUGCUCUGUCCUCUUAUUACCGUCUCAAUUGCCAAAUAAAGACAUAUUUACAUUA